AUGGACGACCAGGAGCCUGCGUCUAAUAAUACGUGCAAAGUUUUUAAGUGUCAUCCUAUGUCUAAAGUUCCUAAAAUAGUUAUCUGUUUGAUAUGUGAAAAUGUGUAUCAUGAAGCUGACUUUAAUAAAUAUACGAAAAGUCAAUUUGUGAGUGAAAUGCUUGUAAUCUGUCCAAAACACCACCAGGACAACCUAACCGUUAAAUUGGACUAUGGUUUGAACAUGUUGGAUGAAAAUGCUCGAAAAAUAAUUACGCAAGUAAAACUUUAUGAAAAAGAGGAUCUUAGAAGUGAACUAUGUAAUAACUUAUCGCUAAAUCAAUCUAAAAAUUUAUCUGAUAUUAGUGCUCUGGAUCUGGAUGAGUUAGCUACCACGAAAAUGGAAAAUGAGCUACUCAGACAGAUCAACGUGAAACUACAAGCUAGAAAUAAAUUUGAUUAUGCAAGUAUUGUAAAAAAUAAUUUACAACCUAAACCUGAAAUUCCGAAAAUUCUAGUGAAAUCUAAAACUAAUAAUAAUCGUGAGACCUUGGGAAAAGUUAAGAAUAAAAUCACAAAUGACUUGGCGAUUCCAAUAAAUAAUGUACGAGAAAAGGCGGAUAAAUUGGUUUCCAUUACAUGCAAAAAUAAUAAUGAUGUAGCAAGAGCUAAGUCUGUUUUAAGUGAUAAGAUGGGUGUUGAUUACCAUGUGGAACUUGAACACCUAAAUUUACCUAAGGUCAAAAUUAUAAACGUAGAUCAUGACUUAUCAAAAGAAGAUCUAUGUGAGGAUAUAAGCAAUAGAAAUUUUCGUGAGUCUAAUUGUGCUUUCAAUAUAAUUGCCGAUUAUAAAAAUACAACUGAUAAGAGAACACUAAUUUUGGAGGUUACACCUGAAACGUACCUACUGUUGCAUAACAAUGGUUUUAAAAUUUACAUUGGACAUCAGCGAUGUCGU